CACACACACACACACAGUGCCAGCAGCUCCAUCAAGUAGUGUCCAUGUGUAUCAGAUUAGCAAUCAGAGCAUUGUCUCAGAGCACACGCUAAUGGAUUCUGGACCUCAGCUCUCUCCGUCACUCUUCAUAAGAGUGUUUAUGAUUUCAGCCACAGCAUCAGCAGUUAACCUUGAAGGGGAACUUUUCAAGGAUUUGAUGAAGGGCUACAAUAAGAACGUCCGGCCAAUGGAGAAGAGCGGAGACGUCACUCGGGUCGACAUCAAGAUGACGCUUACCAACCUCAUCUCUCUGAAUGAGAAAGAGGAGGCCCUGACAACGAGUGUCUGGAUAGAACUGCAAUGGUGUGACUACAGGCUCCGAUGGGACCAGCCACCCAGGUCAGCACUGUAUGGUAACAUCACCUCUCAGCUACGAGUCCCCUCCAAGAGCAUCUGGCUGCCAGAUAUAAUACUGGAGAACAAUGUGGAUGGACAGUUCGAGGUAGCACUUUACUGCAAUGCACUGGUGUCUCCUAAUGGCUGUGUGUACUGGCUGCCUCCUGCCAUCUACCGCAGCGCUUGUACCAUCACAGUCAACUACUUUCCCUUUGACUGGCAGAACUGCACAAUGGUCUUCCGCUCCCAGACUUACAGCGCCAAUGAAAUCGAACUGGUUCUCAAACAGGAGGAUAACCACACACUGGAGUGGGUGGACAUUGACCCAGAGGCUUUUACUGAAAAUGGAGAGUGGGUCAUCAAACACAGGCCAGCUAAGAAGGUGAUCAACAGUCAGUACACUAAGGAUGAGCUGGAGUACCAGGAGGUGGUCUUCUUCCUCAUCAUCCAGAGAAAGCCCCUCUUCUAUAUCAUCAACAUCAUCGCUCCUUGUGUGCUCUUCUCCUCCCUAUGCCUCCUUGUCUACUACUUACCUGCCAAAGCGGGUGGUCAGAAAUGCACCAUGUCUAUUGCCACUCUUCUGGGCCAGACUGUUUUCCUCUUACUCAUCGCUAAGAAGGUUCCAGAGACUUCGAAGGCCGUGCCUCUUAUUGGCAAGUAUUUGAUGUUUGUGAUGUCAGUGACCAUGAUGGUAGUGAUGAACAGUGUGAUAGUCCUCAACGUCUCCCUCAGAACCCCAAACACCCACAUAAUGACAGACAAAGUCCGAAAGAUCCUCCUAAACAUCCUGCCUCGGCUGCUGAGAAUGCAGAUGCGACCCUGGACACCAAACAAUGACAGCACCUCAUUAGCUGGAAAUGGUGAAGCUCCGGCUAAAGACGGAGAUGGCGUCUUCUUGGUUCCCUGUCGACGCCGCAGCUCCAUGACCCUCAUCAACAAGGCUGAGGAAUAUGCAAUGAAAACAGCUCGGUCUGAACUCAUGUUUGCCAGACUCAAAGAACGUAAUGGAUUAAUGAAAUCAGUUUUGGAGAAGCUACAUGAUGGGCUGGAGGGAGGUACAGCUGAGCAGCUCAGUAGCAGCUUGGCAAAGGCCUCUCCAGAGCUGAAGAAGUGUGUGGCCUCCUGCAAACACAUCGCUGAGACUGCAAGGCAGCAGAGCAACUUCCAGAACGAGAAUGAAGAGUGGUUCCUGGUUGCCCGGGUGAUCGACAGGGUCUGUUUUAUUGUCAUGUCACUGGUGUUUUUUAUUGGCACCAUCGGGAUCUUCCUGAUGGGCCAUUUCAACCAGCCUCCAUCCUCACCUUUCCCUGGAGAUCCCAAGAUGUAUCUGCCAGAGACAGACGUCCUGGGGUGAACCAAGAGAAAAUGUCAAGAGUUUAUCCCAUUAACUGAAGUGGAAGUCAGUAAUCUGUCACUAAUGACAGGGACAUGAAGAGGACGGAGAAGAUACACCUGUGUAUUUUCAUUUGGUAAUGUGGAUCUGUAGGCUGUCAAAAAUGCUUGUUCAUGGUGAUCAUGGAUCCACUGCACAGAUGUGUGGACCCCAUACUUGGUCCUUGUUGACACAUGCUGGCAUGAGCUGUGACUGAUCGCCGAAGUUGAGAAUGUUUUUGUGUAAGAAGAACAAUUUCCUUCGCUGUUCCUGUUACCAGCUCAGUGUUUGCUGUAAGUUUACUUUCACACCUUCUCUUGACUUGAUCAAAUUCAAGGCUGUCACGGUAAACUGCAUGAGAUAUUUGUUGAGCACACAUUACAAUUUAAAUAUUACCAUUACUGCACACUGUCCAAAUUGUAUUUUGAUGCAUCAGCAACAUUGUUUCUUGAAGCUUUUACUCUAAUAAAACCUAUUGAGUUAAAUUGAA